UUGUGGAUAUGUAUGUGGUAAUGGCAUGCACCGAAUGAAUGGCAUGUGAACCAAGACUGUUCAUUUCCUUUGUCAUAUGGUAACGUUUUUAUCAAAUUUGAACUCUUUUAGAACUAUUUUCUGUGCAGAACUACAAGAUGACUGAAAGUGAAAAGUCGUUAGAGGAUUUCUUCGCUAAGAAGAGCAAGAAAAAAGGUGCCAAAGGCAAAGGAAAGAGCAAGAAGAUUACGACCACCGACGAGGUAGCCAAAAAAAUGGUUGAACAAGACACAACCCCCGGCCCGAGCAGCCUCGGAUCAGUAUCCGCUGAUGUCACGACGAAAAAGCCCAAGGCUGCAGUUAGUACAGCACCCGAGGCUGUCAAAGAAGUAAAGGAAGAAAAUGAAGAAGAACAGAUAGACUAUCGUUUUAAGGAUGAUGAUGAAUGGACAGACUUUAGAGAUGAUUCACAAAAGGAUUACAGUGGCUUAAAGAUCCAGGCUCUUCAAGUGACUGAUGAACCCCCCGUAGGCGAAGAGGAAGAGGAAGAAGUGGAUGAAAAUGGAGAAAUUAUAAAGACCAAAGGUCAAGGAGCAUCAGGACCAUGGAACAGGACGGCUGAAACGGCUCGAGCUCCUGCCCCCGCUCCAACUCCAGCCCCUGCUCCUGCUCCAGCACCAGAACCUGUCAAGGAAGAACCCAAGCCAGCAGUCACAUCAGGGGGAAAGUAUGUCCCACCCAACAGGCGAGGUGCUGGAGCUGGCGGAGAGUCCUCUUCUAGCCCUGCUGCUGCUGCUGCCAGGCUCGGCAUGGCACGCAAGGGAAAGGCACCACAGCUUAACAGUGAAUUUGAGUUCCCAACAUUAGCUGCAAGUUCAGACCUAGUUAAACACAGUAAUAAGGUGGAGGACGCAACUUUUUCUACUGUAACCAAGGGCGGACAAGCAGUGGACGGUGCCAGCAGUAAAGGAGGGAAUCUACAACUAGGAAAUCGUUACGCAGCUCUAGAAAAUUGACCUCUCCUUCACGGAGGGAAGGGGUCAAACCUGAACAUUUACAGAUGCUGUGAACAGAGACAUAUUUUUCUAAUGUGCUAGAUACCACAGACAUUGAUCACAAGGGAAGUUAGUGAUCGAGUAUGGGCACAGAAUCGUCUUGUAGGGUAGACUGUGUGAUUGUCUGUCGAGCCAGCAGCAGCAUAAUAUUAUAAUUUAAAGCUCUUCCGGGGUUGUAUCUAGCAGGCCAACUGCUACAGCAUCGCUUCAUCGAGUUAAAAUCAAUGUGUUGUCCGUCUUCAAGUUCAAGCAAUGAUGUCCGAUAUGUCCUAGACCUGUCGCAAACAAAGUUCAUCGUGAUUAUUGCAUGGAUAUUAUCCAGAGUCGUUGACUUGCAAUGAAAGCAUCAUGUUGUCAUGCACAUUGACUGUCACCCGAGUACCUGUAACUAUCUGCCACUAUUAUAUCAUGAGCAUACAAUAUGUACUUUUCUAUCUGUCAUUAAAAAAAAAUCUGUGUAAUUGAUCGAUCCAUUGCGCAUCAUGUGAUGAAAUACAUUUCCCAUCCGAGGCCAACAUCCGACGUUACAUUUAUGAUUCCGUGCAUAUUAUCUCGAUUCACAGAUACUGUAUACAGCGUAUGACAUCACACAAAAAAAAGUGCGUACUGUGACUUGUGAUGUCAUAGAUACGCACCAGAAUGUGACGAUGUCAUCGUUGCGUUUGAUAUGCACGCAAAUUCCUUUCCACUUCCAAAAUUUGAGUGUGUUCGGUACGGUAAGGUGCGGAUGAUCGUCAGUAGAUCUAGACACGAGUUCCAAAUGACGAAUAUAAAACCAAAUGUAAACUGCCUAUAUUUUAGCUUUUGGUUAAACUAUGGUACCCUUGAUGAUUAAUUUCCCUGUACCACCUGGGGGACCAUAGUUCCAACUAUUCCCUUCUCAUGGCAGUAAUUAUUUGUAUACCAAUUCUGUGAGCUUGGCCUGAAGCUAUCCCUUAGGCAUUACUUACAUAUAAGAUAUGCCAUAUGGACCCACACAGAGUUUAGAAUGAUCAAGUUUAUAGGCUUCUGCAAAUAUUUUACCUCUAAGCUCAAUCAAUUUUCAAAAGUUCUUUGCUUCCUAAAUGUAUUUCCUUCUUUCUAUUUUGUUUUCUCUCAAACAUUACAAGUAAGAAUUUUGCAGAUAUAUCUUUCCUGCUUCUUUUAUCCAGUAGCAUUAAGACCGUAUAUAUGAAGGAUAUAAUACGGGUUUGUAUUUUUAUCCUGUGGGCGUUUAUGUUAGCCAAAAUAUUGGGCACAACACAUAUAAAUCGGUGUCUACUAUAUAUAAGCUUUUUCUUGGAUCUUCUCACAUAUUGUAUGUGAAAAGAGAAGUAAAACGGCUAGAUAUAGCACCUUCUACUUACAUGGCAGAUAAACCUUGGCCAUCAUUGACUUCCUAACACAUUGAGAGACGUGAUGCAAACUAAAUAUGAUCUGAUCAGGUACAAUAUAUUUCUUCAACUUUAUUAAGUUGCCAAUUGUAAUUUACAGACCUGUUUACAUCAUUGAUUAAUGAACUGAAUUGUUAGGAUUAUUCACCUUUCAUAUGGAUGAUUUUGACUCUUAUUUAAUUCCAAUGGACAUUUCUUUCCUCACAUGAAUGAAUAUAUGUAUACAAGUAUUGGUAACAGGGAGAGAAGAGGGAUCCUGUGUAUUUGUUUUGAUUCUUGGACUUCCCUUCACAUAAUAACUUUGUUGGACAAUACAAUAUUAUAAAUUUACAUCUCUGUCCAUCUG